UGCGAUUUUUUGUGUGCCGCUAGUCAUUUUAUAUAAUUCCCCUUUCAAAACACCGCAAAAAAUGCAUUAUACAGCCACUACUUUGAAGUAAAAUUCCAGCUAUUGGCAUUACUGCUUAAACGACUUGAUUGUCAAAAUAUUGUCAUUGUCAGUGUGUUCCGAUAAUUUUCAUCAUAUUUCCAAAACACUUCCCAGAAAGAAUGGCUGGAAAAAAGGCCAAACCAAAACAAACUGUGCAGAAAGCCAGUUUUGGCAAAUUGCAACCUGACUGCGUUUUGUGCCCGAUUUGCCGGACGAUAUUCGAUCAUCCAGUGACGCUGCCAUGCGACCAUGCCUUCUGCAGGCCCUGUUUCGAAGGAUCCAUGGAAAAUGCGAACUUAAUGUGCCCCCUGUGCCGAUUGCGUGUUGGCUCUUGGUACAGGCGAACGAAAAAAGAUGGCAAAUUGGUCAAUGAGGAACUGUGGAAGGCUGUGCAACAACAGUAUCCAUUGGAAGUGAAAAACAAGCUUCAGGGCUUGGAUAACGACAUUGAGGAAGGUAAACCGGUUAUCAGGGUAUGCAAUCCAGGCGAAAUUCGGCAAGAAUAUGAAAAGGAGCGAAGGAAAUAUUUGGAGGAACAACAAAAAUCCAGAGAAGUUGAAGAAAACGCCAGCGCUGUCCUUAUUAAGAAGUUGACACUAGAAACAGGGUACAAGGAGACCGUUGAGGAGGAGAGAUUAAGAUGGAAUGCCGUGUUAGCCAAAAAACUUUCGGGAAAACUGCUCAUGCCGUCAACCUCAAAACAAACCCCUCAGAAGCCGAAAGUAUCAAUGAAAUUCGGUCCCAUGGACAGGCUGGUUCAGACCGGCGAUUGGAUAUCAACGCAUGGCUUCUCGCAACAAACCAAAAUUCCGCCCAAGAAGAAACAGCCGCAAAUCAGCCCACAGUUUCCCAAAGCCUGUUUCAGCAAAGAAUAUAAGUGCCAUGUGAUUCCAGUGCCGAAAACCCAAUUGAGGUGCAGCCGCGAGAAGAGUUGUCUGGAUUUCGGGUUCAAACCGACCGGUGGGACGGAGAAGUGCCUCAAGUUGGUGGCAGGCCAGCGAAAAUUGUGUGUCAGCGGCUGUAAGAGCAGCACUAGCGCGGAAAAUAGCGACGUUAUCGACCAGGAGUGUCGGUUUUACUUCAAACCGAUUGAUUCGCAGAGGCGGUUCCAUGUUCCUGGUACGAUACCUCGAAAGGUGGUUGCAGUGAAAGGCGUUCGCGAUGAUACUGUUUCUGUUGGGCCUCCUUCAGGUAAAGUGCACUGCUUGGGAGAAGUGAGUUCCGCUUUCAGCAAGGUGUCAGCCAAGGGCGAAACGGUGGCGGAAAUCGAGAAGAAUUCGAGUCCGGACCCCGUUGAGCUGCAAAGUGAACCCCGUAAAAGAACGACUCUACUGAAUCGGCAGAGCCCUAUGAAAAAAAUGCGGGUGCAGUCCGAGUCGGAACAGGAGAGAAUGGAAAGUCCACCCUUCUACGGGUUUGAUAAUAGUGAUAAGACGUUGCGAGAGUCUCCGUUUUCGGGCUUCGAUGCAAACAACGUGCGGGAUUCUGAAAACAAAACGCAAACGCUUGCCGAUUUCAUAUCGAAAUUGCGGCGCUGCGAGUCGACAGAGCGGCUUGAGAUUGCGAGUGGAUCUAGUGGACGGGCGUCGUCUUCAUCCAAAGAGAACAAUUUUCAAGCCAAUAUCCCCAAAACGGAAACAGCCGCUACUAAACCUUGCAGAAGCACAACUAGUCCAAGUGCCAGUGAGGAUCGGAGACGUGUACAGGAAGAAGCAGACUAUCAGCUGGCGAAGAAACUGCAGGCGGAGUUCGACCUGAUUGAAGCGCCCGUGAGGACUAGGGGAAGCAGAAGAAGACAGAUUACUCUAGAUGAAAUGCUGGUGGUCUAGCGGCGCGUGUUUUAGAUUUAAGUUAAUUUAGAAUUACAGUACCUGGUGGGCGAAGCAGAUGAAACGCAGUGAAUCUUUAACUAAACGUGAUAGUGAUGGGUCAAAAACACAUCACAAAGUGAUAUGUCUUGUGAAUAGUGAUUGGUGCAUUGCAAUCAUUUUUUGCCAAUAUUGAAUAGGGAAAGUUGUGAUAGUUAAUGUUCCAAACUGUAUAUUGUACAUACCUAAACAUUGUACAUUAACUAUUUCGAAAGUUCUUAGUUACAAUGGUAUUAUUUUUUGUACGCUUUUAUUCGUCAUUUAAAUGUGUUUAAUCGGC